AUGAGUGGAGGUUGUUCGUGCCCAACAGUUGUAUGUCCUCCUCCUCCCCCUCCUAUUUCUUCUCAAAGUUGUGGUGGAGGAGGAAGUUGUGGAGGGGCAUCUGGAGGGUGUGGUGGAGGAGGUGGGGGUUGUGGAGGCUAUGGAGGAACUGGAGGUUGUAGUGGAGGGUGUGGAGGAGCAGCAGGAGCUGGAGGUUGUGGUGGAGGAGGAAGUUCUGGAGGAUGCGUGGUAAUAAACUGUGAUAAUGGUUGUGGAGGUUCUUCAGGUUGUGGAGCAAGUUCAGGAUCAAGUUCAGGAUGUUCUGGAUCUUCAGGUUGCUCAGGAAGCUCUUCAAAUUGUGGAGGAAGUACGGGAGGUUGCGGGACAGGUUCUACAGGUUACGCAAGUCGUGGUAGUUCUGGAGGAUGUGGAAGAGGAAGCUCUUCGAGUUGCGGAGGAAGUCACCAAACAUAUCCAUCAGCGUCCAGUUCUGCUCGGUUAACUAUCGAAUGCUCUAAAGACACAACUACAGGAGGAGGUUGCGGCACAAUAAACAAUUGUUUACCUCAACAACAACCACAAUCCAACAGUUAUGCAAAAAGCAGUUCAGGAGGAGGGAGUUAUAGCAACAACAACAAUAUAGGGCAACAACAGCAACCAACAAGUGGGUGUUCAACUGAUUGUUCUCCUCCUCAAGUUCAACUACCCCAGCAACAACCCCAACAACCCCAACAAACCCCUCAACCAUACAAUCCAAUCACUCCUCUUCCCCCUCAAAAUUAUGUUGCGCCCUCUCUCCCUACAGCAGAAUGCCAAAGUGCAACGCCAAAUGAAUGUAAUAUUCUCCCUCAACCUUCUAUUAGUCCACAACCUGCUUGGUCCUCGGGUGCUGGGGGUACUUAUGCACAGAAAAACAAUGAAGGGGAUAGAGAGCUUCUACAACAAAAAGGAGAGGGGUACUCGGGAAGUGAUGGUGGUGGAUUUGGGCAGGGGAACUACGAACAGUCAUCAACAUUUCCACCUCUCACAACAUAUAAACAACCACAACAAUUACCAGAACAACAACCUAUACAACCUCCUCCAAUUUCUGAACCAGAAAUUCCGCCACUUCCACCUACUGAUGAGUAUUUAACUUCAUUACAGCCUGAAGAAACAACUGAAACAACUACAAAGGGAGAGGAAGAGAAAGAAAAUAAUUACAAGAGGGAUCCACCGGUUAGAAAUUUUUUAAUUUUUGGGACAAAAUAUCACCUUAAGGAAAAUGGGAAAAAAUGUCACAGUAUUGAAAUUGGGACAAAAUGUCACUUAGUGAAAAUUUGGACAAAAUGUCACUUGACAAAAUGUCACCUUAAGGAAAAUGGGAAAAAAUGUCACAGUAUUGAAAUUGGGACAAAAUGUCACUUAGUGAAAAUUUGGACAAAAUGUCACUUGACAAAAUGUCACCUUAAGGAAAAUGGGAAAAAAUGUCACAGUAUUGAAAUUGGGACAAAAUGUCACUUAGUGAAAAUUUGGACAAAAUGUCACUUGACAAAAUGUCACCUUGAUGAAAAUUGGGACAAAAUGUCAAUUAAUAUUUCAGGCAAUAAACGUAAGCGGAGGCAAAGGAAAUGGAGGCCUAAACGUACAAGGGAACAAAAAACAAAUUUUGAAAAUUCUUUUCCGAUGGAUUUAUAUGGAGAUGAUGAAUUGGCAUUGGCAGAUUAUGACGAGGAGAUAGAUACAAAAACAUUUACAUCAACUAUAAAAACCACAUUAAAAACAACACCGAAAAUGUUGGAGACGACAACCCCAAAGAAGCUUUUUGCUGUAGUACCGCCAGAGAAGGCUACAACUACCUCUCUCGAUGAGAAGGACGAUAUUCUCACAAACGACUACUCAGAGCUUUCAUUCAAAAAAGUACACGCCUCUCCCCAUUCAUCAGACAAACUUUAUUCAAAAUUGGGCACAGAAAAUUCCAAAUGUAGUUCCGAAACAUUGAGAACAAUAAUGCAUGAAAAUAUUGUAGUUAGUCCAACAAUAUCUAAACAGUUGAUAUUCAGUGCUGGUCGAUUGACUUUUGGGGCAUCGAUAGAUGUUAUUUGUAGUAGAAAUAGGUUCUCAUAUACUGUGGUGGGUUUUUUUUGA